UAUCAUCGAGAUAAAGACAUCAUUAAACAAGUACAAGUACAACACAUACACACAUCAGCAUCAUCAUCACAUAUCAUAUCACCCUCACUCCCUUAAUUUCCACUCUCAACAAACACCAAUUCUAUCAACCAUGGAUCAGGAUUCUCAGUUCGACGUGAUUAUCAUCGGAGCCGGCGUCAUGGGAAGUUCCACCGCUUACCAAGCAGCCAAACGUGGCCUUAAAACACUCUUACUCGAACAAUUUGAUUUCCUCCACCACCGUGGCUCCUCCCACGGUGAAUCCCGCACAAUUCGCACCACCUAUCUUCAACCCCAUUACUACCCUUUGGUAAUCCAAUCUUUCAAACUAUGGAAAGAAGCCCAAGCCCAAGUGGGCUAUGAAGUUUACUUCAAGGCCCAACACUUAGACAUGGGCCAAUUCAACGACCCAACACUCCGCGCCGUCAUCGAAAACUGCCACAAACACAAUAUCCCCCACCAGCUUCUCAACGACCAGCAAGUGGCCGAGAAAUUCGCCGGAAAAAUCAACUUACCGGAAAAUUGGGUGGGCUUGACCACUGAACACGGUGGUAUACUAAAGCCCACCAAAGCUGUUGCCAUGUUUCAAACACUCGCUUACAAAAACGGCGCCGUUUUGAAAGACAACACAAAAGUAACGGAUAUUAAAAAUGACAACGCUGGCGUUGUCGUUUUAACCGCGAGCGGUGAAACAUUUCGCGGUAAAAAAUGCGUGGUAACUGUUGGCGCGUGGGCGAAUAAGUUACUUAAGAGGAUUAGUGGAGUUGAAAUUCCGAUACAGCCCAUAGAAACUCAUGUUUGUUACUGGAGAAUUAAACAAGGGCAUGAAGGUAAAUUCGUAAUUGGUGGCGAUUUUCCAACAUUUGCUAGCUUUGGAAAAGUUUAUGUUUACGGAACACCAACGUUGGAGUUUCCGGGUUUGAUUAAAGUGGCGGUUCACGGUGGUCGUGUUUGUGACCCGGAUAAGAGACCAUGGGGCUCCGUUGUGAUGAUGAAUGAAUUGAAAGAGUGGAUUGAAGGGAGAUUUGGUGGAAUUGUUGAUUCAAGUGAGCCUGUUGUGAAACAAUCUUGCAUGUAUUCUAUGACUCCUGAUGAAGAUUUUGUGAUUGAUUUUUUGGGUGGUGAGUUUGGGAAAAAUGUGGUUUUGGGUAUUGGGUUUUCGGGUCAUGGGUUUAAGAUGGCUCCGGUUAUUGGUAAGAUAUUGAGUGAGCUUGUGGUGGAUGGGGAAACUAAUGAGGUUGACUUGAAACAUUUUAGGAUUGGAAGAUUCCAAAUGGCAUCUAAGAUUUAGGUGUGUGCUCAUCGUUAUCCAUGUGCUGUGUUUGUAAUUUUUUUUUUUUUUAAUGUUGUGUGAGUCUUGACUUGGCUGCUGCCAAGGAAAUUAUGAAUAAAUUUGUUUGGUUUGUAAAAAUUUAAAUAAACUGCCAUCAACUUUAUUAUUAAAAAAUAUAUA